AAAGAUAAACAGCAUGCUCGUGUCGUGAUCCUCGUCCAUACAAAAACCAAACACGUUUAACGUUCAAUAAAUUAGAAAAGCCUGCGGUGUAUUACCAAUUAUACUUGGUAAAUGAUUCUUGAAGUAUAAGAGAAUACGCGCAUUGAAUCUAAAUGCAGAAAACAGGACUCAAAAAACGACCGACGGUGAAAACCGUGUCGGACAAAAUCCACGAGCAGAUUGCCGCCAAGGUCGCCGUAAAUGCCGAUGAUUCGGAGGAUGAGGAAACGCGGCCCCGGUUCAGUGAGUUUGACGAAAACGAUGAAAUCCUGCAGAAAGCAGCUAAUCGAGGUUUGAGUGAUAUUCGGAAGAAGAACAUUAAACUUUUGGAUACCGUCGAUCGUAAGUAUCGAGGGCUGGUAUCUUGUCGGGAUGAUGUGUUUACCGGCGAGAAAGACGGUGGGGAAAGUGAACUAAGCGAUUCGGAAGACGAUGGGCAGCAGCCGGGUGCCUUUGUGAGGUUAAGACCUUCAAAUGAUGAUUCUUAUUCGGAUGAUGGCGAGGAAGAUGAUGGAUCCGAUAGCCAGGAAGUAGACGAGUUCAAUGAUGAUGAGGAAGAUGAUGAAGAUAAUUUUUCUCUUGGGGACUUUCUGGGGCAAAGCACAGCAGAUACACAGAAGCUACUCCAAGAAGAGAACCAACAGGAAGUAGUCCAGAAGGGAAUCUGCGUACAAAAUCAGCUCAAAAUGUGGGAACGAUUGCUGGAAAUCCGUAUCAAAAUGCAACCGAGUUUGAUAACUGCUAAUUCUCUUCCACACGAGGAUAAGUAUAACGGUCUCUGUAAGGAUAGCAAAUUUAAGGAAGCGGCAGAUAAGAUAGUUCAAACUGUUGAGUCCACUUUGACAAAUUUGUUGGUGCUGCAAGAAACCUUGGCACAACGAUUUUCAGAAACAAAGGAUUUACUUAAAACAGGAACAAAACGAAAACGAAACGACGAGUCCGGAACAAAAUCCAAGAGUCAACGUUUGAGUAACUUUGAAACGACGAUAAACGCCAACUUCACGAGUUACAAACCCUACAGAAAUGACGUGAUUCAAAAGUGGUACGAUCGAACCAAAGCGUCCAGUAAUAUAAAAAAUGCUCAGCAAUCCCUUAACAUCAUUAAGAAGAUUGAGAACGGUAUGCUGGCAAAGGAUGACCUGAUUCGAAAGUCCCAGCUCUACAGGGGCGGUUACGAGCUAUUUGAAAAAUCUGCUCUUCAAAUCAGUAAGUUUCAUGCUGAAUCAGAGGACGCACCGGAUCCAGUCUACAACGAAGAAAUUUUCGAUGAUUCUGAUUUUUACCAUGCACUGUUGCGCGAGCUGAUUGAAUAUAAGUCCAAUACCGUGGAUAACCCACAGGAAAUCAGUGCCAAGUUGGCAGAGUUGCAGAAGCUUAGAAGCAAGAUGAAGAAACAGGUGGAUACGAGGGCUUCCAAGGGAAGGAAGAUAAGAUAUGUGGUUCAUAAAAAGCUGGUUAAUUUCACCGCACCAGAAAGCAGCCACGAAUGGACGGAAGAAGCAAAAAAUGAACUAUUCAGUUCAUUGUUUGGAGGAAGUAAUGGUACACUGAAAGGAUAAGAGUAUAUUGUUUAUCCGAUUGUAGGUAAAAGUUUUCCAAAAUAAAAUUGUUUAUAAUUUA